AGGGAACCGCCAGAAGGCCCUCGGCGGUGGACCUCAGUGUCCGGGCAGAACGAUGUGGGUGGAGACACUCCUUCAGGUAUACUGGACUGAGGCCAUUUAGGGCCCUGGUUGGUGGGGCUUCAAGGAUGCCUUUUAUGGGCCUGUACCAGGGCCAGCCCACCCAUGAGACAACGUGUGGCAUCAGCCUCCGGUGGCAGGAUUAACAGGGGCAGCAGAUCCUGAAGCAGAUCUUGCUCCCCUCUUGUUUCUGACUUUGACUAGCUCCUCCUUCUCCGCAGGGCGGAGGGCGGCAUUUUUGUAGUUCGCCUCAAGCACAAAAAUGCCUUGGGCUGGCCCUGGUCAGGACACUGCCUAUGAAGUUCAGGCCCAUCUCCCAGAAUCCUUUGGGGGAAGAAGCCAUAACUGUUGAAACUGGUAUUCUAGAUCUCUAAAUGCGGGGCGUCUGCGUGGCCUCAGGGGCUGCCUGCCACAGAGAAUUCAUUCGUUCAUUCUUCUUAUUAAUUUCAUAAAAGCAUAUACUGCUCGGUUGUAAAAGAUCUCAAAGCGGUUUGCGAAAAGAAGGCCCUCUCCUAUGCGGCCGCUGCCGCCACUGUGCUUUUGAGGGUGGUGGGACAAGCAGUAGGGCUUGUUCGCCCUUGCCAAGGGUGUCAAUAGGGAAGGAGGAAGCCUUUCAGGUAUUUGAGGCCUGAGCUGAUUAAGACUUUAAGCGCAUGAGCACCUUGAAAUGGGUCCAGAAACAGACUGGCAAGCAGUGCAGAUGUUUUAAAAUGAGCCUUGCAAAGUCUAAUGGGGAGACUUCAUUAGACCCAUGGGGCAGAAGUCCCUCUACCUUGCUGUAAGGAGACUGCUUUAACUCAUUCCUAUUCUUGGGGCAAAGAUAGAUAAAUUCCUAUCUCCAGUCCAUCUAGUCUUGCACAUCUCUGUAUUUCCCUCCUAAGCUUGCAUUUGUGUCUGCAAUUAAAACAACAACCAGCCCGACCUAGAUUUGCUUGAAAAUACAGCGCAUAAUGUACAUUUACUAUAAGGGUAGUCCAAGGACUGUCUUGAAUUGUCCAUACCCUCCAAGUCUCCCUAUUUUCCAGGGACAUUCCGAAUUUAGAGAAGCCGCCCCAGUUUCUGAUUCCAUCCUGGAAUGUCCCACUUUUCUUUAGGAUGUCCCAGAUGGUGCUGUGGGUUAAACCACAGAGCCUAGGACUUGUCGAUCAGAAGGUCGGCUGUUCGAAUCCCCACGACGGGGUGAGCUCCUGUUGCUCGGUCCCUGCUCCUGCCAACCUAGCAGUUCGAAAGCACGUCAAAGUGCAAGUAGAUAAAUAGGUACCGCACUGGCGGGAAGGUAAACGGCGUUUCUGUGUGCUGCUGUGGUUCGCCAGAAACGGCUUAGUCAUGCUGGCCACAUGACCCAGAAGCUGUACGCCGGCUCCCUCGGCCAGUAAAGCAAGAUGAGCGCCGCAACCCCAGAGUCGGUCAUGACGACCUAAUAAUCAGGGAUCCCUUUACCUUUACCUUUAUUUUCACUGGUGAAAUGUUGGAGGUUAUUGAGUUAUCCAACACGCCCUGCCUCCCCACUGUCUGAUGGCAAACCUGUAUAGGGAAAGUUUUUAAAUGUUUAAUGUUUUAUUAUGCUUUUAUAUAUGUUGGAAGCUUCUCAGAGUGGUUGGGGCAACCCAGUAAUAUGUGUGAGAUAUACAUAUUAAAAUUAUCAUGGAAUGGGAUGUCCCUAUUUUCAUUUGAGAAAUGUUGGAGGGUAUGGAAACGUCCCUGUUUUGUUUUUUAAGAACUAGUGAUGGAGAACUUUGUUUUUUUAAAAAGCAAACUUAAUUCACACCUCUCUCAUUAAUACCUCAGUCAGAAUGUAUACUUCAGAUUUUGCAUUUCUUAUGAGUUUUGUGAUAGUUUUCAGCGCAUAAAAUGUACCAAAAUGCAUAUUUCCUGAUAUGCUAGGUUCAGAAUUGCAAAUAUUGAGAUAAAAUACACAUUUAAUUGCAAAUUUUCAUAUAUAUUUUUUAAAAAACCCAACAGCAACUCAUAUAUUAAUGGGGUUGAACUGGACUUCUGAAUGUACACUUGAUAUGGGUCACAUUGAAAAUGACCCUUAAAUUAGUUAGGAAAGCCAGCUCUUGAUUCUAUAGCUGUUGCUGCUCAUGUUCAAAGUGCCCCUGAGUGCAGCAGGUUGUGAUGAUCUGCCAUCCCAGGAAUUUCAUUUGGAAAUAUAAAAAUAUAUUUCUUCCCCAUGGAACAUCUCUGCUGUCACCCUCUUGUCAAAUGUUCUAAUUUAUUUAUAAUAUAAUAUAAUAUAAUAUAAUAUAAUAUAAUAUAAUAUAAUAUAGUGUAAAUACAUCAUUAUCGUUGCAUUAUUUGUAUUUAUUACUCACACUACACAAAAACAUCUGUGGAUAGGUUAUAGCAUGUGGGAAGGGAGUCUGACAUUCAUGGAGCCAUCACUGAGAAGACCCUCAACUGAGUUGUUGCCCUCCAAACGUGUAAGAAAAUGGAUCUUUCACUGAUCUUAUUCCUCAGGCUGGAUUAUAGGAAGGGAAGUGCUCAUUCAGAUAUUUGAUGUCCAAGUUAUUGAAUGUGAUAAGGGUUAGGAGUUUCCACAUCUUACACACACACACACACACACACACGUGGUAAACAUUCUGCCAAGUGAGGAGAAUUGUAUCAUCCCUCUGCUUCUGAAGAUUACGAGCAAGUCUCUGUUUACACCUCAUCAAAUGUAUACAUACACACUGCGGGAAGUUGCCAUUUGACCUGCAGACAUUUCCCUUUGCAGGCUCUUGGUGCCAGAAAAUUUGUUUUAUCAUAGAGAGUUUCUCCACUGCUUGUCACCUGUGGCAGUCCCACCAGGAUGCAGACUCUCCUGAGAUCUUUCCUCUUCUUCGUACUUCUGACCAAGGGUAAGAAGUAGCUGGGAGCAAGUUGGAGAUGGGCAUGCAAGACGGAGUGUUUGUUGAGUGUUUGUUGUCGCAGAGUUGGAAGGAAAGAAUUUAAAAUCUCCUGAGUAGAGGCUCUUUAGAGUCUGUGUUUCCAAAAAAUCUUGAAAGAAGGGUCACGGCUUGGUGGCAGAACACCUGCUUUGCAUGCAGAAUGUCUCAGAGUCAGUCCCUGGCAUCCCCAAGUAGAGCUGGGAGGGAACUCAUCCCGAGAGGGCUGCUGUCAGUCAGUGUAAACAAUACUGAGCUAGGGAGGCCAAAGGUCUGGCCUGCUGAUCCCCCUUCUAAUUCCUGGCUCCAGCACAGAUUCCAUUCUUUGAAUCAUUGAGCUAGCUUUCUGGUGAGGCCCUCUAAGUAUGGGUCAUUAAGGUAACAAAAGAAGUGGCUCUGUGCCAGAUAAAAAAAAUAGGUGGCUCCCUCUCCCUCAACUCACUGGUAGUUAGAAAGACAAAGGCCAGAUUUGAGAGUUGAGUUAUGUGAGCUAGCGGCUGGGAAGCCAGCAAGACUCUGCUUGAAUCCAAGGCUGCAGCUAGACUCUUUUGGGGUGCUAAUGCUGUGGACCCCUCCCCUGCAGGCUCUCGUUGUAUAUAUGUGUAAAUAAACCAUAUACAGUGGUACCUUGGUUCUCGAACUUCAUCUGUUCUUGGAGUCCGUUAGACUCCUGGAACUGUUCGAAAACCAAGGCGUGGCUGCCGAUGGGCUGCAGGAGCUUCCUGCACUCAAUUUGAAGCUGCAGAAGCCGCGUUGAACGUUCGGCUUCCCAAAAAUGUUCACAAACUGGAACACUUCCAAGUUUGCGGUGUUCAGGAGUCAAUUUGUUCGGGAACCGAUUUGUUUGGGAGCCAAGCCGUUUGACAACCAAGGUACCACUGCAUCAUAAAGGCACCACAACCUCCGCUGUCCCUCAUCCCAAAGGAAACACGAACCUUGGGGAAGAGCCAGGAACCUCUGGAAUCUCACAAUGUUUGGAGACUGGGAUGGCAAGCAACCAUGCAAUGCUUAAAGGAGUCGAGGGUUGGUGCUAUUUUAUACCCCCACAAAAUGAUCACUUUUCUUCCUUCUUCCAGGUAAUUCUUUGGAGUGUGAAACUUGUACUGAUGUUGGCACCAGCUGCAUGGGCAGGAUGAAGACCUGCGCUGAGGGCCAAGAUACUUGCAUUGUUGUGUUUCUUGAAAGUAUUAUAGGUAAGUGUAAAGGGACACACACACAAUUAAACCCACCAAACCAGGAAAGGACGACACACACAAAGAGAGGAAAACACAGGGUGGAACAAUAGAAAAAGGUUUAUUUCAAGCUUAAGCAAGAAAGAGGCACAGAGAGUUAAUACUCCAAGAUUCUGCACACCAAGUAAAUGCAAGAAGCUCAUUUUUAUCUACAAAGUUUCACAUGAACACUACAUGUUAUGAAUAUGCAUAAGUUACUUGAGGGAUCAUCUGCACAUGUGUACAUUUUCAUUGGUUACAGAAACAUGCUCCUAUCUAAUGCCACGGCAGCGGGGAACUUUUCAUCAAAGUUGCGUUCUCAUGCCCUUCAACUUUUCUGAGAUGAAAACAGGGACGCCCUAAGGAAACGCGGGACAUUCCGGGAUCAAAUGAGAAACUGGGACGGCUUCUGUAAAUCCGGGGCUGUCCCUGGGAAAUAGGGACACUUGGAGGGUCUGCAUUCUUUAGCUAAUUCUACUAUCCCAUAUAAAUGUUGCAUUCUCAACUGCCUGCCUUACCAAGCUGUCUUGAAUCACUAGAGUCCCCAUUCCUCUGCUUUGUCCCAAGGCCUUAGCUCUGCCAACAGAUAGAGAAGCCUUGCAGCUUCCAGGGGUCCAAGAGGGGAGGUUAGGCUUGCAAAGAAGAGAAAAGUAUAAUUUAUUCACAAGGGGGAGAGGAGGGAGAAGAGAAAAACCUCAGUUUUUAAAAACGGGAGAGAAGGCCAUUUGUACUUUACCCCUAUUCACAUCAACCACUCUUAAUAUUGUGUGAAAUAAGGUGGAUGCUUUCAUUGUGACUGAAUGAACCUCUUUUUCUUCUCUUCUUCUGCAGAUGGCAAGGUGCUUCAGACUGUAGUGAGAGGCUGCGCAUUCUCUGAGAAGUGCAAUUAUCCCCCAAAGCACAUGACUAUAGGGAAAGGGAAAAGCAUAAGGACCAGUCUGAGCUGUUGCACUGGCAAUGACUGUGCAUUGAUAGUCCCUCCACGCUGUAAGUGCAUAUAUUUUCUCUUCCCCCUGUCCUACCACCACUAUUUCCUUUUCGUAGGAUCAUAGAAUCUUAGAGUUGAAAGGGUCCUGAGGGUCAUCUAGUCCAACCCCCUGCAGUUCAGGAAUCUCAGCUAAAGCAUCCAUGACAGAUGGCCAUAGCUUGCAGGCUGGCGCUUUCUGCAACGCUGCAUUCCGAAGGUCGCAUCACAUUGAGAGCCAGUGUGGCGCAGUGCUUAGAGUGCUGGGCCAGGUCUUGAUCCCCUGGUGACUCACCUCCCUGUCUCGCCCGAAGGCAAGCACUCCUCCUGCGAGUACUCAGGUCUCUCCUCUCACACCUCACUCUCUGCAGCUUGGGAGAUGUCGGUGGGUUACUAGACCCAGAGGCCGCCUCAGCCUCUCCUGACCCAACCGGUAGUGGAGCAGCUGUAAGUGAUUGCCCAGCUGAAGGCAAUGAGGUAAUCCCCUCAUCUGGAGCCAGGGCAGACUCAGGCCCCUGACUCGGCCCAGCUGGUGCUUGUUGCAGGGGAACCUGUGCAAACUGGGGCUCUUCAGAAUCAGGCCCCAGACUUGGUUCACCUGCCGCCUGAGGCAAAGGAUCUGGUGCGGACUGAGACACCUCUGAUUCCGAGUCUGAGCCCGGGUCCCAGGCCAUCACAGGGUUGUGGGUUCAAGCCCCACAUUGGGCAAAAGAUUCCUGCAUUGCAGGGGGUUGGACUGGAUGAUCCUCGCUGUCCCUUCCAACUCUGAGUCUAUGAUCUUGGAGACCAAGGUUCAAAUCCCUGCUCAGCCAUGAAGCUCACUGGGUGCCCUUAGGCCAGUCACCAUCUCCCAGCCUAGCCUACUUUACAGGGCUGUUGUGAGGAUUAAAUGAAGAGUGGGUGAACCAUGCCACCUUUUGCUCGGGGGAAAUGUGGUAUAGAAAUUUAAGUAUUAUUAUUAUUACUAUUAUUAUUAUUAUUAUUAUUAUUAUUAUUAUUAUUUAUUUCAUUGCACUUGUUGCUGGAUUCAUAAAUUGAUGACCAUCAGAAACCUGAGUAGGAUUUAUUCUCAGUGACUUGAGUCCUGGGGUGGGGUGUGUGUUCAAACUGGUUGUUUCUGCUGUAGCAUCUCUGUUGCUUUCUUCUCCAAUCCUUCCGACUGAGAAUCUUCUCCACUACCCCACCCCGUCCCUGCUUUCAGCGCAACGAAUAAAUCCGAAAGCCAAUGGAAAGCAGUGUCCUUCCUGCUACUCUUGGUCUGGCACAUGCAAUGCAGAUAUGGUGAACUGUACUGGACCGGAGAGGUUCUGCUUUGAUGUGCUCUCACGCUCAAAAGCCGGUAAGAUGCAGUGCUCCUUUUCAGUCCCAAACCCCCAUGCAUUUUGUAGCUGCACUGGUUUGGGAUUGAUGCGGCGCAUGGAAGAAAUGGGUGUUGCUGCCUUUCAGAAAAUAUAAGGGGAUGCUUCUACCAGAAAAGGGAGGUGAUCACCCCACAGUUGGGAAAAGGAUCAUGGCUCAGUGCAUGAACAUUUACUUUGGAUGGCAAAGAUCCCGUGUGAAAUCCAAAGAACCACAGGCUAGUUUGGAGGGGCUGUUACCGGCAACUACAAUUCCUUUCUAAUCUGUGGGAUAUGAUCCAUGAGAGGCAGCCAAGUACAACAUUCCUUGUAAUGCUAGAGAAGACAUGCGAGGGAAUGUUUGGUCCAGCCAGUUGAAACUUCCUGUUCCUCCUGGCUGGAGCAUCCUUCCUUUUGCAUGUGACUAGAGGUGGGCGUGACCUAACCUGUCUAGGUAAGAAAAGGACGAGAAAAGCACACCUCCCUCUUUUUUACUUCCUUCUUCAUUUGACCAGCUUCUAGCUAGGACCGCUCUGCUAGCUUUCAGCUAGCAGAAGCACUGGGAUUAUUCCCCCAUAUGGAGUAGAUCCACAUGUACAUAUUUGUAACUUAGUCUGCCUUCAGGAAUCCAACUGUGAUCUGAUGUGAGUAAACGUCUUUUAUUGCCUUUGAAUAAGACUGUCGCAUCUUUAUUCUUUUAAGAGGCAUUCAAGGGAACUUACCAGGAACGUACAAUUCAGUCUGAGACAGAUUGUAUUGUAUAAUAGUGAGAGGCUCACACAAGCCUGCAACCAGCUAUCUGCUGUGCAUAUAAAAAGGGGGAAUGUAACUCUGCUACAUAAAGGAACUUGCUAACGCAAGUUAGGAAAGAUAUGAAUAAACAAUAUAUCCUCUCCUGCCACCCUGAACAUUCCCACAUAAUCAGCCCAUCUCAUCUUCCAUUUCCAGGUGGAGAAUUCAGAGACAUAAUUAUGAAGGGCUGCACUAUCAAGUCUACCUGUGCUGCAAUGAACAAAGGCAUACCUCCCAUUUUGGAAGAAAAAGAUACUAUCGUCGUAAAUGCCAGGUGUACCCCAGAUCCUUCUAGGGGAUCUCGAUCCUCUGGGCUCUACCUGCCAAUCUUCUCUGGGCUCCUGUUCCUGCAGAUCCCAUGGUAAAAGGCACCUGUGAGAAACUUGCAUCAUCUCUGCAUUCAUUCCCUGCUCUGUUUAACACUUUUUCUUAAUGAAGCUUAGCCUUCCAGGUAGAGGGCCUCUCCUCGCAUCUCUUUUCCCUGCCGCUUCCUCCCAGGGAAACCCAAUAUUCAGCAAUGAAUCAGAAGAAAUUGAGUUUUCCUGUGGAUUGCUGUUUGUUCCGAUUUAGCACCGAAGAGUUGGUUUUCCAGAGGAAAGCGGCAGUGCAAAGGUGAAAUCGCUCAGACCCAUGCCUAGAAAGUGCGGGGCAAGCAGAAAACCACUACAUCCCAUGUGUUCCAGGCAAGUGUGGAUGAGCCCAGUUUCCUUGUUUUCCUCAGUGAAAAUAGCAACCAGGAAUAAAGCAAAUAAAACAUGAAUGCAUGCUUUAUUUUUGUUUUUGUUUUUUAACUGACUCUAAAUUAGCAUCUCUGCAUUCAUUUAUGCUUCUCUUUUGUUCAUUCACCACUUUCUCUGAAUGCAGUUUGGCUCUCUCGAUGGUUAAACACAGUAUUUUUUGGAUACACACCCACCCACCCACACCAAUUUAUAUAUAUAAAUUGAGUUGCUAGUAUUCAUAUAUUGAUAAAAAUGCCAGCAUACUGUGAGUACUAUCAGAAAUAAAUCCAAAUGAAGUGUGUGUGUGUGUGUGUGUGUGUGUGUAUGUAUGUAUGUAUGUAUUUAUUUAUUUAUUUAUAUGACCCCCUCACAUGUUAUAAAACAGCUGCACUGGUUACCGGUUUAUUUCUGGACCGCUCUCACAUUAGUGUUUAAAACUUUUUUUUUCCCAUUUCUUUUUAUUGAAUUUCACUUAGAUAACCAAAAGAGAAAACAAAUCAACAAUUUCAAAAGAAAUAUCCAAACAUAACAUAAAAAUAACAUCAGUUUCCAUUACCGUUCUUUGUCUUCACACUUAAAUCUUUAGUGUUUAAAACUUUAAACAAAUCCACAACUCCACAAUUCUGAAGGGCCGUCACUUUCUCUACCAACCCUCUCUGGUGCUAAGAUCGACAGAGAAUACCCUCUUGGUUGUUCCACUGCCCUCACAGGCUCAGGAGUUGUGGCCAGGGAGAAGGGCCUCUCCACAGAGGUGUGCCCAGCGCCUUCCUUAUACAGCUUUGGGUGAAUGCUGAAGAUGAACCUCUUUACCUUGGCUUAGACCCACUCACCCACCCACACCUAUUUUUAAUAUUAUGCCUAUUAUGUUUUAAUAUUAAUGUUCUGUUUUAAUUGCUUUUAUCUGCCCAGCGACCCUAGUGUGACGGGCGGAUAAUAAAAGUAUAUUAAUAAUAACUAUGACAAUAAUAAUAUCUUAGGAAGACAUCCUCUAUUAGCUAAAAUUGUCUGUAAAUCAUAUCCCCAAUCCUGAUGACUUAUUUCAGGUCCUUUGCAUUCACUUAUUUACACUGUUGAAUUUAUCUUAAUGUGGCCAACGUUUUCAAAUGUACACACUUUUCACCCAUAUAUUCAUUAAACAUUUUCACUCUUCUUU